AUGAACAGUGAGAGUUUAGAGCGUCUGGAGAAAAUGGGUGGAAACUUUCCCUUCCAGUGUUUAAAUGAAAGGACAGCUUUCAAGCCCAGAGAUAUCCUCAAGAUCCGACUGUCCCAGCAAGAGAAUGCCAAGGUAGCCAUCCAGCAGAUCCUCCAAGAGCUCUUCCAUAUCUUUAACAACAACCUCACCCAAGCUGCCUGGGAUGGGACUUCCAUAAAGGAAUUCCAAAAUGGACUUCACCAGCAGAUUGAGAAGCUGGAGAUGUGUUUGAGUGCUGAGAUGGAAAAGGAGAUGACCUACCCAGGAAACGAGACCCUCCUGCUCAGCAGCCUGAAACUGAAGAGAUACUUCCAGACAAUAGACAAUUUCCUGAAAGAAAAGCAAUACAACCGAUGUGCCUGGGAGAUCAUCCGUGUGGAAAUAUCCAGAUGUUUUCUCAUUCUCAACAUGCUCACAAAGAGACUUGAAAAUGAAGCACAUGAUGCUUCAAGUAAUGAUGUUCUGAAAACCACUGAGUGA